CCUUCAGUCAAUGUUCGACGUUCGUUUCGUUUGGUUCAGCGGAACACUGGAAUUGAGCUGUAAUCACGGCGUGGACAAGUCGCGCGCGGUCCUUCGCGGUUUUACCUGUACACUCUGCUGAAAGGUGGUAGUAAUUGAUUGCAAGUUUGGUGCCCUGGAGAAGCCAGAAGGAGUGUGUGCGUGGGUCGGGAGCUCACGGUUGUUCAGGAUACAGGUAGAGCAUUCGUAAAUCACAUUGCGCCACCGGUACCGAAGGAGCUGAGAGGCAGUCGCAGCAACAGGAGUCGACAGCCUUGGGCUCAUGAAUUAAUAACCCCAUCGGGGAAGGGGGCAGUGAUAUUUGGUGGAAAAAUUUUACACGGUCGAUACAUAGCUCCACGGCUAGUCAUCCUUGGGGCGGCCCGGGUAGGUUUUUGUCGGGUCGUAUCGUCGUUGUUAUUAUUUUUUAAUUUGCAUAAAUUAAAACAACCGAGAAAAUGAUAAAAGUGUAACAGUUUAUGGGCACGGCUCACGACACGAAAGGACUAACGACUGAAGAAGAAUAUUUGCACUGCACGGCCUUCUGCAUUGAAGUGGUUUCGUUGUAAAUCGUUUACGUGAUCGGGAUCUUUACGAGAAAACCGUGCACGAAUUGUUUCAAACAUCUGGUGGUGAAUUUUAUUCGAAUAUGCGUAGAUAAGAGUGGGUGGUGAAAUAUUUUUGAGUGACGUGACAAUCGGAUAUUUACUCAGUGUGUAACAUCGCCAAAGGUUAUUGAGGUUGAGCGAAAUAGUGGAAGCAGCCGGCCAAGCAAGGAAGAGGCCAGUUCUACCUUCAGUGCCAGACAGCAGGUCUCGAGCCUAAUUUAUGUCAAUAUACAUUACACCCAUAUAUUUAUCCGAACCAAGAGAACCACUUCAGUCUCAAGUGUGCUAAUGUGUAUUACCGUUAUUGAUGCCGAUGUUGUUGCUGCCCUCAGUGCGAUAUAGUUCCGGUUUGGACGGGAACAAGUGGCCUCGUGUAAUAUCAAUUAUAGUGCCAUCUUAUUAAUUAUAUCAGUGGUGACACACAAAGUGCACCCGGGGUCGCGUUUUAGGCCCCCUAACUGUGACCGGAUUCCACGCGCGCAUGAAUAAAUCAUCCCGGUGUAAGCUACAGUGCACGUAAGGAAUUUCAUUAAUUGGACUCAUAGUGCUGCGGUGGUGACCUGGAGCCUAGCGCCCGAUACGAUAAAUUGAUUCCGGUCCCUGUAAGACCGAGGGUGAAGGCUGUGUGUGUGCUUAAUUAUUAUCAGAUCACGGGAAGCUGCGGUUGACCACGAAUUCAGUGACCACAAAACGCGAUUAGGAUUAGAAUCCUCGGUGUUUGGUCUGUUUCGUUCGGCCACUCGCCCGGAACGGAAUUUCGCUCAAGUGUGUGACGGUUGGGAUUUUUCAAGUGUUGCCGUGGAGAUAGCAAACCCGGGACCGCUGAGCUGUUCUGGAAUUACUCAAGUGCUGGUGGGCAGCUGUUGCGUGGGGUUUCGGUGUCCAAAUCAAUCAAGCUGACCGACUCGGGCUGGUGGAAAAGUUGUUCGAUGAGCUGUGGAGAAAUGCUUCAGUGAUAAGAUUAUCUACUUGUGAUAUCAUUUUCGAAAUUCGACCAUUGCUACUAGUGUUGAAGUGAUUGAGUGUGGUGAAGAUUCGAGAUAGCGAAUAGGAAGCUGAUACGAUAUUGAUUGAGUUUUUGUUUUUCCGAGGCCCGUCCCACCGAAAAUAAGAAGAAAGGAGGAAAGUGGAGGAAACACACGGUUACACAAAUCAAAUUACACAAGGCCACGAUUCGAAGGAGAGCAAACAUGCCGAGCGGCAGAAGUAGUAACAGCAGCUGUGAAGAGCAGAACCUUUAGAGCCAGCAAACAUAUCGACACGACCAAGCAGCCAAGAAUCAAGCACGGGUCAGCAGAAAAAAAAGUCACGAAUUCGGAAGUGUUCAUCAGUAAGUGCAAAUUGGGUCAGUCUUGCUCGGUGCCACCACUCGGGUCAACACUGGUGGAUGCAAAAAUGGCCGUCAUCCGUUCGCCGGAAGUACUAGUCAACGCCGUUACCUGGUGGAACAAAUUCGUGCUGGUGCUCAUCUUCCUCGAGGUGUUCCUGCACGUUGAGACGCUCGAUUUGGAGAAAUGCAAAAAUCCAUUAGGGAUGGAGUCCGGAGCGAUCAACGAUUCGCACAUAACGGCGAGUUCGGCCCACGACAUCGGCAAUGUGGGCCCUCAGCAUGCCAGAUUAAAAGUGGACAACAAUGGAGGCGCCUGGUGUCCGAAGCACAUGGUCUCGCGGAAUCUGAACGAGUACCUUCAGAUUGAUCUGCAGAAAAUGCAUGUUGUCACGGCGAUCAAGACUCAGGGCCGUUUCGGCAAGGGCCAAGGUCGGGAGUAUACCGAGGCGUACGUGCUCGAGUACUGGCGACCGGGAUUUAGCAAGUGGAAACGAUGGAAAAAUACCCGAGAUAAUGAGAUUCUAUCCGGCAACACCAACACCUACAGCGAAGUAGAGAACAUUUUGCAGCCAAUUAUCUAUGCCUCGAAAAUCCGUAUCUACCCGUACAGCCAGUACGACCGGACGGUUUGCCUUCGGGCGGAAAUCAUCGGAUGCGAAUGGGACGAAGGAUUAGUUUCCUACAGCAUCCCCAAGGGCGUGAUUCGGGGGAUGGAGGUCGACCUUUCGGAUCGGACGUACGACGGAGAGGAGGAAGGUGACCGGCUGGUCGGGGGCCUAGGUCAGCUGGUGGAUGGUCAGAAGGGGGCCGACAACUUUCGCAUCGAUAUCCACGGUUUCGGAAAGGGUUACGACUGGGUCGGCUGGCGCAAUGAUUCACUCGGCUGGGCCGGAAAACCGGUCGAGAUGGUGUUCGAGUUCGACACGGUGAGGAACUUCAGCGCCAUGGUGCUGCACACCAACAACAUGUUCAGCAAGGACGUACAGGUAUUCCUUCAUGCGAAAGUUUUCUUCAGCAUCGGCGGUCAGCAUUUUAGCGGUGAACCAGUGCACUUCUCCUACAUGCCGGAUACGAUUAUGGAGAACGCUCGUGAUGUCACGAUCAAAUUACAUCAUCGCAUCGGACGCUACAUCCAGAUUCAUCUUUACUUUGCCAUGCGGUGGAUUAUGCUUAGUGAAAUAUCCUUCACUUCCAGUCCCGUGAUUGGCAAUUUCUCCGACGAGGAAGUGAACGGAAAUUCAAUAUUGCAGGAAAAUUCGAUCGAGUACCCGCUACAACGAGACGAAGUACAAACGGCCAACAAGGGCGAGCGGAACCAUGUGACUCAAAUUAUCUCGCCGAAACCGAUCGACCAGGAGCCGGAGCCACACUUUGUCGGCGUUAUCAUCGCGGUGCUGACUACUAUCAUUCUGCUGUUGAUCGUCAUCAUCCUGUUCAUCGUGGCGAAGAACAAACGCACCCGAACGGCUGCCGUGCUGGACGCGCUGCAGCACAAUUUGCAUACCGACAGUCUGGGGAUUGAUAAACGGCUGAAUAGUAAUUUUAAGGUAUCGAUAGAUGACAAUGAAUCGAUUGACAAGAGCAGCUUAUAUCACGAACCGUUCAAUGUAAAUAUGUACACCAGCGCCGCCAGCGGGUGUUCCAUGAACGACAUGCAGCGACAUCACAUUACCCCGGACUACACAGAUGUCCCGGACAUCGUGUGCCAGGAGUAUGCCGUACCGCACAUGCAGGACCUGAUACCGAAGAUUCCCGGCGGCUACGUGAGCGUCCGGCUGACACCGCCAACGUUGAACAAUAUCUUUCCAAAACCACCGCCAGUGCCCCCACCGCCGGAGAAGUAUUACGCGGCCACCGCCAUCUGUAAAUCAUCGACCGCUCCCACAACCCCCUCAAGCGGACAAAACAACCACCAGCAGCAACAGCAGCAGCUGAAUGCUUACAGCGAUCUGGAUCACGGUGUCUCGGACGAUGAUUUACAGCUCAGCGAGUAUCCUCGGGAUAAGCUGGUGAUAGUGGAAAAGCUCGGUUGCGGCGUGUUUGGCGAGUUGCAUCUCUGCGAAACCAAAGGAUACAGCUCAAACUUGGUCGCGGUAUCAACGCUGCGCCCCGGUGCAUCCGAGCACGUAAAGAAGGAGUUCCGAGCGAAAGCCAAGCAGUUAAGCCGGCUCAACGAUCAGAACAUUAUGAAACUGAUCGGUGCCUGUCUGAAGGACGAGCCGAUUUGUAUCGUUUUAGACUACAAAUUCAGCACGGACCUGAAUCAAUUCCUGCAGGAGCACACGGCCGAAACCGGUUCGCUGGUGCAGCAUAAUUCGUUAAGCUACGGAUGUUUAAUUUACAUCGCAACACAAAUAGCCUCCGGUAUGAAGUAUCUAGAGCAAAUGAAUGUAGUGCAUCGUGAUUUAGCAGCUAGGAGUUGUUUAGUAGGACCACAACUGGAGAUAAAAAUCUGUACACUAGGAACUGUGAUAAACCGUAUUGCAUAUCCCGCAGACUACUGCCACCUGGAGGGUGCUGGAAGACAAUCACAACCGAUGCCGAUUCGGUGGAUGGCAUGGGAAAGCGUCCUGAUGGGUAAAUUUACAUCAAAGUCUGACGUGUGGGCGUUCGCCGUAACGCUGUGGGAGAUCCUUACGUUCGCCCGGGAACAGCCCUUCGAGAAUCUGAGUGACGAGAAGCUGAUCGAGAACAUCGGACACAUGUACCAGGACAACAAGAAACACCUCCUGCUGCCCAUACCGGUUGGCUGUCCGCGUGAAAUCUACGACCUGAUGUGCGAGUGCUGGCAGCGAAACGAAAACAGCCGACCGAACUUCCGAGAGAUCCAUCUAUUCCUGCAGCGGAAAAAUCUCGGGUACAAACCAACUGCUUCCUUUUAAUAUGUAGGAAAAAUAACUAGUCCCCAAAGCGCAUCAUCGUCAUUUAUUUUUACAUCCGUAGACGUACGUCGUUUGAUUUGAACUAACUAUGAUUUCUCAUAGAGUUUAAUCCGAUUCAGUUUUUAAACAAAUUGCAUUUAAUUUAUAUCAGUUUUAGUACGAACAUUCACAAACUUCUGUUAAAUUUUUGUUCGCAUUAUUCCACUGUUUCGAUUUCGUUUAGUAGCGAACAAACAACACUAAUAUCGCCUUCAAAAUUCUCUCCAACUUUUAUAGUGAAUACUUUCAUCACAUCUAAGACGAUUCGAAUCAGAGCAGGCGGAAAUUGUACGAAUUUAUGAACUCAAUAAAUUGUUAUAAAACACACAAAACACAGUGAAGAAAAAACCAAGCAAACCGCCGCCGCCAGGAAUGACAUUGCACCGACACGGCACAAAGCGGGAUUUUGUGAGUCGGCACAAUUCUCUAUUGCUAAAAUGCGGAACAAUCAAGAUGACGAGACUUUAAAGGAACUUAGCCCUAUAUCGAAUUCACUGAAGCGAACGAAAAUAAGCAAAGUUUAUGCAAAUACAACGUAAUUGUGAUCCCAUUCUAGAUGUAAAACUGUAAACAAAAUCCCACUUUGCAAAGAAUGGUAAAUCGUUAUUGGUGAAAAUGCACGCGAAGGUAAUUCCAUUCUGUUACUUGAGUCAAUAAUCAAUUGGGAAAUUGACAAACAGUGUAAUUAUGUUUUGAUCAAAAGGUUCACAUUUUGGGCAUACACUGAGACGAAAAAGGGGGUAGUCGGUAGCAUAAUUCAGAUUUACUAUUGACAACGGGGAAAGUUUGCCCAAGAGCAGUUAUUUGAACACCACUGUUUGUAUUUUCACCACAAUUAAGCCACCGAAAGGAAGUAGGCGAUGAUCGAUUCUGCAAAGUGAUCGUUAGUGUGCGUGCUGCACUGUACAUAUUCAAUCAAAUCAACAGUUGCCAUUCGUUUAAAUUAUUAAUAUAUUUAGUUAUGAAUCGAAAAAUGCAUUGACAAUUAUCAAAAUAAAUUAAAUUCCAUAUCGAUCAAAAUUGAACAAAUAAAACUGGGCAAGGGCAAAAGUCGCCUUCGUUCAUCUAGCGGACAUACACAAACCCCUAUAGGACCUUCAGGAACACGCAGCGUGACGAACAAGUAUUCAAUAUUCAUAAUUGUAUACAUUUUUAAUCAUUACAUGGGCGCACUUUCCGGAUUACGGUUCGUAAGUAGGCAAAAAAAAUUGAUUACUUUUUUCCUCCAAUUCAUAAAUUAAAGGUCGAGCUUAAUUUGAAUUAUCGCAUGUUUUCAGUACAAAUUUCAUUUUUCAAGCCUUAUUUAUUAUUUUGCCACUUAAAGCAUACAACCGCCCCUACCACCCACCAAUACUCACACCGCUCACGCACACGAACACACAACAAAUCCCGAAAAUGCAUCAGAAGCGAACAUAGCCUCCUCGAUUAUCCCCAGUUCCGCCGAAUCACGUCCGGCCAGGGGGGUUGGCCGUGAUCGCUUCUGAAAACAACAUUCAGAGGAAAGAAUAAAAGAAUCCCAGUAAUUGAGCCAAUCAGUGUUCCACCUGCGUCCCGCGGCCUACGCAGUUUGGCUAUACAAACAUUGAAGAAUUAAUAGAUUAUCAAUGUACCGGAAAAAAGGCAACGUCAUUUCCGAAACAAUCGCAAUUAAAAAAAAUGUAACUCGAAAUACUUUCUGUUAUUUUCAUCUAUAGACGAUAUGAAACUUGAAAUGUAAAUUUUUUUAUUAGGUAUUAAUUCCUUUCGAAUAUUAGGUUUUUUUACUUUUAACUGUAAAUUCGAACAGGUGGAGUCUGAAAACGUUUCCAUUGACACUUGAACGUCAAUGAACAUGGUUUUCAGUGAGUAGCCACUGAAAAAAAGGUCCACACAAUAUGGUGUAGGUUUCAAAAGGUAGGACCUCUUUCCAGAGAAAUUCUAGUAAUAUUGCAAAGUACGACAAAAAUUUAAAUGAGAAUAAAAACGAAACAGAAGGUAUUAUGUAUCAUACGACGUAUUUAUACUUUAAUCGAUAAGUAGAAUGUAUUAUAGUUUUUCUUUUUCUGUACAUAACAUUGAACAAAAAAGCAAAUAGUAAGUAAUGCAUAAGUAGUAGAAGAGCAAGUACUGAAAGAAGAAAAAUAUCAUUUUAACAGUAACUAUUACGAAGAAGUAAUUCUUUUCUAAUCGAAAUUACAAACCCUGAUAAAAAAUGGAUCAAUAAAAUACGAGAUGUAAGAGCAUUUAUCAUUCGUAUGAAUGACUAUUGAGUAAAACAAAAAAACUGCGUUUUCUUUUCUUCUUGCCUCAAUCGCUGUACGAACUCCAUGAUACAAUUAUUGUUUUGAAGAAUGAUUUUUGUUUUAAUUUUCACACAAUCGACCUGCUCUAUUGCCAAUGCUGAGAAAGAAUUGUUGACAACCCCAUCCAUAAUGAACAUAUAUAACACUCUUUCCGGUUUGGUUAAAUUGGUUAACAAGCUCCAUUGCACUGAGGCGAAAAA